UCUCUCCCAGGUGCACUUCCAGCCCCAAGACAUGUCCUGCUACAACCAGUGCCUGCCGUGUGUGCCGUGCCAGCCCUGCUGCCCAACCCCGCUGGCCAACAGCUGCAAUGAGCCCUGUGUCAGGCAGUGCCAGAACUCCACCGUCGUCAUCGAGCCCUCCCCCGUGGUGGUGACCCUGCCCGGCCCCAUCCUCAGCUCCUUCCCACAGAACACCGUUGUGGGAUCCUCCACCUCGGCUGCCGUUGGCAGCAUCCUCAGCUGUCAGGGAGUGCCCAUCAACUCCGGGUGCUGUGACCUCUCCUGCAUCAGCAGCCGCUACUGCGGCAGAACGUGCCUCCCCUGCUAAAG